CUGGAGGCAGGACCCCGGCUCGGCUGAAGAGUUUUUCAGGUUAAUUCCGCGCCUGCGCACAAUUCCCCACUGGACUUUUCGGCGAUACGGUUUGUUUGUUUGGCGGAGCUGCGAGUUUGUGGACUCGAAAGAAAGAAGGUUUAUCCGGUUUCUGCUUCAUCUGACCCCCAGGUUGUGGUGAUGGACCCGCGGAAAGUAGCCGAGCUGAAGGGCUUUGUGCAGCUGUGUAAGGAGAACCCAGAUGUUCUGCACCUGCCCGAGAUGGAGUUUUUCCGAAUCUGGCUGCAAGGACUGGGAGCAACUAUUCCAUCACCACCUAAAAACUCUGGCUGCAAGGGAAGCUGUCCAUGUGAUGCAGCCCCGCCUCCUAAAGCAGCCCCGCCCCCUCAGGCAGAGCCGGCACCGCUCUCCGAGAGUGAGGAGAGUGAAUUAGAGAUCGACAACGAUGGAGUGAUUGACCCAGACAUGGACGAGGGCCAGGAGAUGGGCGACUACGAGAACCUGGAGGUGACUGAGGAGAUGAUGGACCAGGCCAAUGAGAAGAAGAUGGAGGCUAUCGGUGCUCUGGGAGAGGGAGAGCUGCAGAAAGCUCUGGAUCUUUUCACUGAAGCCAUCAAACUGAAUCCACGAUCAGCUAUCAUCUACGCCAAGAGAGCCAGCGUGUACAUCAGGAUGCAGAAGCCGAACGCUGCGAUUCGAGACUGUGACCGAGCGAUAGAUAUAAACCCCGACUCAGCACAGCCGUAUAAGUGGAGAGGGAAAGCGCACAGGUUACUCGGGCACUGGGAGGAAGCAGCUAGAGAUUUAGCCACAGCCUGUAAACUGGACUAUGAUGAAGAUACCAGUGCCAUGCUGAAGGAGGUUCAACCCAAAGCCAAUAAAAUCCAGGAGCACCGGCGUAAAUAUGAGCGUAAACGAGAGGAACGAGAGAUCAAAGAGAGGCAGGAACGGGUGAAGAAAGCGAGAGAGGAGCACGAGCGAGCACAGAGGGAGCAGGAAGCCAGGCAGCAAGCAGCGGGCGGAGCACAAGGAGGCUUCCCAGGAUUCCCAGGGGCCGGAGGUUUUCCAGGUGGCGCUCCGUUCGGAAUGCCCGGCCUGCAGGAGCUCUUUAACGACCCCGAGGUGCUCAUGGCCAUGAAGGACCCUGAAGUUAUGGCAGCCUUCCAGGAUGUGGCUCAGAAUCCAGCAAACAUCUCCAAGUACCAGGGAAACCCCAAGAUCAUGGCGCUCAUUAACAAGCUGAGCUCCAAGUUCAGCGGCCCGCAGGCCUAAUCAGCUCAACUACAUGUGUUUAGUGAUGAGGUCAAUGCUCUGAAAUAGCACCUCCUUCCUUCCCCCUCUCUCUCUCUGAUUUUAUUUCUUCCUCUGCACUAACACAGGUGUUGAGUUUAUCUCGAGGUGAAAUGAAUGUGUAGUAAAUGCUGUUUAACUCAUGGGGCUGUUUAAGAGCAUUGAAACACCACCAUGAAGGAGUUAGAGGUAUGAAACAACUACCACCUGUAAAAGGUAAAGGGGGUGUGGUCUGUUUAAACACUUUCUGGAACAGUCCUGCAUCACACUGUAAACCGAAUGGAUUGGUUUUGAAGCAGUCUAAUAAUUUAUUUGGACUGAUUUUAAACAUCUAGGCUUCUUUCCACAAGUCCACCGUUACGUACUAAAACCCAAACACAGGUGGAGAUUUUAAAAGUUAAACUGAUCAUUCCAUCUAAUCAGGGCUCAACAAGUCUUCUGGAUUUUAUUUUAUUCUGUCUAAAAAUAAAGCAGGAAAAUCCUACAGCAAAAUUUGUUUUUGGCCCAGGCUUGGAUCUUCUCUAACUCGGACAGCUCUGAACAAUGAAUUCAAUCAAUAAAGGCUUUGGUUGUUGCA